GGCUUUCCGCUCUCGACAUUGACAAACGUAGACGUAUGACUCGGAGAAGAGCGGUUUCCAUUGUAACAAAAGUCGGAAAUUAGUCGAUAAAGACAACGCUGUUCGACUUUUGCAUGGAAGACUCUCCGCAGCCUGAGCGAAAGUCGGCUAACCGUCGAGCCGCGGCACUCAGUUUUUUAGCGAACAUUAGUCUUGGAAAGGACUCUAAACCAAAACCCCCGCAGUCCAACCGGCCUGGAUCUUCCAAACCAGUGUCUCCUGCUGCUCAAGAUGUUCCAGAUAUUGCUGUUGAGAAGCCACGACAAUCGGCGUCUCAAAAUGGAGUUGGAGUGGAGGAGCUGAUUCCACCUAAUGUCGUUGAUACUGUCCAGUACGAAAAGGCCCCACCAGUGCAACGGCAGUACAAUGAGAAGGAGAAAGCAGCCAUAAGCUUUUUAGCCAGUAUCAGCCUCGACGCAAGUUCCGACAAAGAGAAAGUACCUAGCGUCGAGCAAGUUCCUUUACAGUUCCCCGUACCAUUAGGAGGUAGCUUUGCCUCCACAGGAUUCUCUGAAACCAUGCAAAGCCUUGGCGUAUCUAAUACACCACAAGCAUCCUAUAUGCCUCCAGCAUAUCAGAUCUACUCUGGUAGAGUGCUCAACCGACAGCGCGACAGUACCUCUCGUCGCGGCUCGUUGACCGACGUUGGAAGCGUGAGCCCCUGCAAUACAAUGUCAGGACAUCGAGUGACGCUCACAACCGUAACUGGUGCGCCACUGUCAGUGUUCUCAAUAAUUCCGUAUAGAGAUGCAAAAUCUAAACCACGACGACGUCGGACACGAUCGUCAAAGUUUGCCCCCCAUUACUUUGAUAAGAUUGGGUUUAAUUUAAAUAUGGACGCAGUGAAGCGAAGAAAAUUCGCCCAAUCCUACGCCCAUCUUUUGGAACCAGCCUUAAGCCUUGAACCCAAAACGGUGGAGAAUUCCUUGUACCAUCCUUUCUUCCUGGACGACCCCGAGCUUCGUACCGGAAAACACCGGACUGUGAUUACGCUCCCUUGUUUCAUGGGGUCUAUUAUCCAGUACAGCAAACCAUCGGACAUCAAGAAGGAGCUGAAUGAGCAUUUUAGAGAGACACAUCCGACGGUAGAUUCUACCUUGACAUUGACACAAAUUCGACGAUUGAAGGAUCGGCUGUUGAAAGUCGGUGAAAUGCAGGACUUGGAGCUUUCGAGUGUUGCUUGCGCAUAUGUAUAUUUCGAAAAGCUGGUUCUGAAGAACCUUGUCAGCAAGGAAACGCGAAGGCUUGUCGCUGCGGUCUGCUUGUUUCUCGCUGCAAAGGUGAAUGACCCAAAGGAGGUCAAUUAUACCAAGCUUUUGGAGACAAUGGAGAAAGUCCUAGACGUGGCUCCAAAGGAAGUCAUGGCUAACGAGUUCCCCAUUUAUACCGCAUUGGAAUUUACCCUCUUUGUUCCGCUGUGGGAAGUGAUGCCACAUUUGGAGCGUAUCAUCGAUGCAUCAGCGAGUCACAACACGAUUGAAGAUUAUAUUGAGAAUAAGACUUUUUUCAUGCAUCUCUUCCACUUGAAAGAUUGACGAUGACCUGACUUUUUGUAUCAUGAUUAUUUUUGGUUCUUUGCAAUAUACUCUCCUUGU